UUUACAUACUAAGCCCCGCCCGCCGUGGCGAACAUGUUCAUACAUCCACCCGGGAUCAUCCGCGGAAAAGGAAGAAAUUACUGGCUGUCAGAAAAGUUUUCCUGCGGGGAGAGGAUCGGGCUCGAUCGGACCGAGGACAACCGGAGGAUCGCGCUCUCAGGAUUAUUAAUUGUCGCAAUAAACUGUAUUCAUCAUGGACGCGCUAAAAUCAGCCGGACGCGCGAUCAUUCGCAGUCCCAGUCUGGCGAAACAGUCCUGGAGCUCUGGAAAACAUAAAAAGCUGCCAGAGAACUGGACAGACACGCGGGAGACGCUGCUGGAGGGAAUGGUCUUUCAGCUGAAGUAUCUGGGCAUGACGCUAGUGGAGGAACCCAAAGGAGAAGAGCUCUCAACCGCUGCUGUCAAGAGAAUCGUUGCCACAGCUAAAGCUGGUGGGAAGAAGCUUCAGAAGGUGACGCUGAAGGUUUCUCCUCGAGGGAUUGUUCUCUACGACAGUGUAUCAAGCCAGCUAAUAGAGAAUGUGUCCAUAUACAGGAUAUCAUACUGCACGGCUGAUAAGAUGCAUGAUAAAGUGUUUGCCUACAUCGCUCAGAGUCAACGCAAUGAAACGCUGGAGUGCCACGCAUACCUCUGCACCAAGAGGAAAGUGGCUCAGGCGGUGACGUUAACGGUGGCUCAGGCUUUCCGUGUGGCGUUUGAGUUUUGGCAGGCUGCUAAAGAAGAGAAAGAGAAGCAGGUGAAAUGUGGAUCAGAUGGAGAGGCGGCCAGCAGCUCUCAGUCCGAGAGUUCAGCCAGUCUGGGCAGCACGAGAGGAGGAGAGGUGGCCACUGGGGAUCUACUGGACCUUGAAUGUGGAGUAAAAGAUCACUCAGGAAAAGACGGCACACACCCGGCACAGAACCUCAGCACAGAGAACAACAACACUGUAUGGGAACUUGAGGAUGGUCUAGAUGAGGCUUUCUCAAGCCUCGCUGAGUCUCGCACUAACCCCCAGAUGCUGGACAUUGGGGUAAACCCUCAGGACUACAACCCUGAAGAGUGCUUGUCGCCUAGCAACUGGGACAAAGCUGAUGCUGAGGCUGCAGACGCAGAGGACGCGUUCGGAUUCUGAUCAACGGUUCGCGGGAUGAACGAGCUGAUGAAAUGACACAAAGGGAAUCCAGCUCGUCUCACCGUAGCUGAUACCGGCUUUGAGUUGACAUGCGGUUCGGCAAACCAUACGGAUGACUUCAACAAAAGCACAGACCAAAGCAAUACAGAAUAUAUAUAUAUAUUUUCCCCAAAUUACUUUUAAGUAUAUUGACAUUUAAAAUUUUCUGUUACUUCCCAUAAGUUGCUUUUCUUUUCUUUCUUUUCUUUUUUUGUAUGUGUAUGAAUUUAAAAUAUAUGUGUAUGACAAUAACUGUAUAAUAUUUGCUCAUUUAUUAUUAUAAUUUUUUUUUUUUUUAAUGGAUUUGAUUGCUGAGAAGAGCUUUGCAAUUCUAUGCAGGGGUAAUGCAUACUAAGUUUCCUGAUGUUUGAGGUUUGUGUGGAGUUGGAUUGUGUUUUUAAUGGUUUUGUAUACACGAGUCGUCUGCCCUCAGAUGUGUGAAAAUAAAAGGUAAACAUUACAGCAUACAAUAAUGGACAAAAAAAAAGCUAUUUAAAUGAGACAAUCUUAUUUUUUUCUAUUAAAAUUUAUUUUUGCACUCCU